CCUUCAUUGUCUCCGGAGGGAGGCUGAGCUCUAGUGCUGCUGCAUUUACUGAACUUUCAGCCUUAACUUUGAAUCCAACAUGGACAAAAAAGUCCUUAAAGCAAACUCCACCUGCUGAAGAUGACCACGUGCUUUUGAUCUCAGAGAUUACCUGAUACUGAAGGAUACUGAUUAAACACUGUGGUGAGACCAGGUUCUUCCCACUGGAAGCCUCCUGAAACUGAUCAAGACCACAGUAGACCAGCACUGAUUCAUCUGGAAAAGCAAACACCUGAAGGGCAACACACCUGAGAGAGUUAUGUAACACCAUCCUGCAUCAGCCUGCAGAGGAAAGUCCAUAUGUGGUGAGACGGGUGUGACUGGAGGUACGGCUACAACUUUACAGCUGUGCUAGCAGUGACUCCAGGGACACAAAGUUAGAGAGAGACAUAACGGACGCCUUGCAUCAGACCUUCCACGGAUACAGGAAGAAGCAGCUUGAUACGUUGAGGUGUUUGGAGAGCUAUGCUGCAGCGGAGAGGCCUGCUGGAUGGCAGAGGGGAGUGUAACAGGGCAGUGUUGGUGUCUGUGGCAGAGUUUGACCCCGGGGUGAGGCUGGGGAGGAGGCCUGGAGCCGAGAGGGACGCCAAGAGGCUCCACCGGACCCUCAGCAAACUGGGCUUCGAGGUGGACAUCCACGCUGACCUCGGCGGAGACGAAAUCUACGAGUUGUUUCUGAAAGAGAGCCGGCGGCCUGUGAAGGACUGUUUCCUGGGCGUCUUGUCGUCUCACGGGGAGGAGGGCUGCGUGUUCGGAGCUGACGGGAAAGCCGUCCAACUCGCUCGUGUCUUCAGAUAUUUUGACAGCGAAUGUAUGGAGAAAAAGGCCAAAGUGUUCCUCAUACAGGCGUGUCGGGGAGACGGUCUGGAUGACGGGGUGGAGGUGGAUUCAGCUGGAGACACCGCAGAGUGCAGCUUCUCAGAGUAUCUCUCUGUUCCUGUAGAUACAGCUGUGAUGUACGCCACAGCACCGGGUUACGCAGCUUUCAUGCACCAGCUGAGUGGAUCCGUCUUCCUCCAGACUUUCUGCACUUUGUUAGAGGAGGAGGGCAAUCGCAACCUGGAGCUGACCCGCCUCAUGACCCGCCUCGCCCACAGUGUGGCCUACACCUUCCAGGCCAAAGGCCGCGUCCUGGGUGGGAAGAAGGAGAUGCCGUGCCUCCUGACCCGACUGACCCGGGAAGUGUUCCCGUUCGCUGAGCCGGGGAAAGACGGCGCCUGUACGUGACUGAACGGAUGAAUCACCAGGACAUGCAGAUCGAUGAGAGAAGAUAAGCUACCAGACUCUGUGAGCAACUGAUGUCUGCGGAUGGUUUUAGAGAAGAAGAACUGAGAAACCUUAUAUUUUCUCUUGAAGCUCCAAAGACGUCAAGGAAAUGUCUCCUGAAAUAUUCAAUUUAAAUGUAAAGCUUUAUUUAAUACACAGGUGUAAGGAGUAGGAGGAGGCGUAUAUUCGGAAACUAACAAUAAAGAAUGAAUAUAUUGUUUUAACUUGAGUAAAGUAAAAUAUGUCGUACACCACUCUGUUUUAUAAAAAGACAACAUUUUGAAUUUAAACAGUAACAUUUACAGUAAAUGAGUAAAUGUAAUGUAAAAGAAAAUAGUUUUUAACUAAGCUAUCAGGACACUA